AUGGCCCCCGCUCACCUCCGGCGCCCGCCGCAGGCCCCGCCGACCUUCACGGCGACCCCGCAGUCCAUCGUCGCCGACGCGGAGCGCAUUAUCAAGACCUCCCGCGGUAUCCAGGACAAGGUCGUCGGCGAGGUCAAGGCCGAGACCGCCACGUUCGCCAACGUCAUCGGUCCCCUCGCCCAGGAUGAGAAUGUGAUGGCCCUGGAGGCUCACAUCCUCGGCUUCUACCAGGCUGUCUCAAUGGAUCAGAAGCUGCGGGAUGCCUCCUCCAAGGCCGAGGAGCUGAUGGACGAGUUCUUCAUCGAAUCCGCCAUGCGCGAGGACAUUUUCCAGCUCGUCGACGCGGCCCUGAAGAAGAACGAGAAACUCGACCCUGAAUCUCGUCGUUUGCUGGAGAAGGAGCACAAGGACUUCGUUCGCAAUGGACUGGGUCUGCCCGCCGGCCCGCAGCGUGCCCGCUUCAAGGAGAUCAAGAAGCGUCUCAGCCAGCUAAGCAUCGAGUUCCAGAAGAACCUGAACGAAGAGAAUGGCGGUAUAUGGUUCACUCCCGAAGAGCUGGAGGGUGUUCCUGAGGAUGUGCUCUCGGGUCUGAAGAAGGGCGAAGGUGAAAAUUCCGGCAAGCUCUGGCUCACCUUCAAAUACCCCGACCUCUUCCCCACCAUGAAGUACGCCGCCAACGCCGAGACCCGUCGUCAGGUUAUGAUUGCCAAUGAGAACAAGUGCAACCAGAACGUGCCUCUUUUCCGAGAAGCCAUUAUCCUCCGUGACGAGGCUGCCCGUCUGCUGGGCUACCCCAACCACGCGGCCUUCCGCAUCGAAGACAAGAUGGCCAAGACCCCGGAGACCGUUGAUAAGUUCUUGGGUGACCUCCGCACCCGUCUCACCGACGGUGGAAAGCGUGAAAUCCAGACUCUGAUGGAGCUGAAGAAGACUCUGGACCCCAAGUCCGACGGCAAGUACUACCUGUGGGACCACCGCUUCUACGACCGUCUCAUGCUGGAGCGCGACUUCUCGCUGGACCAACAGCAGAUCGCCGAGUACUUCCCUCUGUCUACCACCAUCGAGGGCAUGCUGAAGAUCUUCGAGGAACUCUUCGGUCUUGAAUUCGUCGAGAUCCUCGGCGAAGACCGCGCAGCCGUCGCACCCACCGGCCAGGGCAACGACAUCGUCUGGCACGAAGACGUGCAAGUCUUCAGUGUCUGGAACGAUGAGGGCGAAGGCAGUGGCUUCGUCGGCUACCUCUACCUGGACCUGUUCCCCCGCGAAGGCAAGUACGGCCAUGCCGCCAACUUCAAUUUGCAGCCGGGCUUCAUCGACGCCAGCGGCAGCCGCCGGUACCCCGCCACCGCACUGGUGUGCAACUUCACCAAGCCAACCCCCAAGAAACCCUCCCUCCUCAAGCACGACGAAGUCGUAACCCUCUUCCACGAGCUCGGCCACGGCAUCCACGAUCUGGUCUCAAAGACAAUUUACUCCCGUUUCCAUGGCACAAACACAGUCCGCGACUUCGUCGAAGCCCCCUCCCAAAUGUUGGAGAACUGGUGCUGGACGCCCUCGCAACUCCGCUCGCUGAGCCGACACUACGCAACCCUCUCGCAAGAAUACCUGAGCGGCUGGCAAGAGGCACAGAGCAAGGCCGGAAAAACCGCGACAUCGCCUCCCUCCGAGCGGAUCCCAGACGAUGUCAUCGACAACCUUAUCCGCACCAAGCACGUCAACGACGCCCUCUUCAACCUCCGCCAACUGCACUUCGGCAUCUUCGACAUGACCGUCCACGAACCAGCCAGCCACGCCGACAUCGAAGCCCUCCCGCUGUCGGCUACCUACAACCGUCUCCGAAAGGAGAUUACCCAAAUGGACGGACCCGAGGCCCUGGGCACCGGUGACGAAUGGGGCCACGGCGAGGCGACCUUCGGCCAUUUGAUCGGUGGUUAUGAUGCGGGGUACUACGGAUAUCUGAGCUCCCAAGUCUACUCAACAGAUAUGUUCUACACUGUCUUCAAGGACGACCCCAUGAACAAGGCUGCUGGUCGUCGGUACCGGUACCAGGUACUUGAGAAGGGCGGUAGCCAGGAUGAGAUGACUACUUUGACUCAGUUCCUUGGUCGGGAGCCGCAGACUACGGCUUUCUAUAAGGAGCUUGGUCUUGCUUGA